UAUUGAUGUUAGCAGACAAGUUGACCGUAUAAUGGCUUUCAAUGUUGGAAUGGACGAGAGGAAGACUUCUGGGUUCGGCGGACGGGCCACUUCUUCCAUAAAAAUAACCACUAAUCCCGGAGGAAACUCAACUAUCAAUAUCUACGAAUCUGAGAAUCCUGAAGGAGAGGAACACGUCGUCUCCCAAUGCCAGAAGGACAGAAACAAGUCAAAUAUAUUUGGGGAAGAGAAUGAAGAAGAGGAGUUUACAAGAGCCAGACUUCCUUCGGUAGCUCAGCUGGAGCGGAACAAGUCAGUGGUAUUCGAAGAUGAAGAUCACAAGACGGGUCGUCCCUCAACCAAACAACAAGUUGGACCACCAGCAAGACAGAGCAGCAUGGAGCCGUCCAACUUCUACGACACAAACUACAGACCCUCCACCAAGAUACAAAACCCUCCCGGCGGUCGGUCCAGCGUUACUUUCGGUUAAUGUUGUGACGCACAAACUUUCACUUUCGGUUAACGUUGCGAGGGAGAAACUUUUACUUUCGUUUAACGUUGCGAGGGAGAAACUUUCACUUUCGGUUAACGUUGCGAGGGAGAAACCUUCACUUUCACUUUCGGUAACUGAUUACAUAGUAGAGCUUACUUCACAUUCUUCUCUCUUGUCAUUAUAGUGGCGGUGUCUCUAUGGUAACUAGUAGUGGCGGUGUCUCUAGAAUAGGAGACAUCUCAGAGGAUCCCGUCCAUGAAAUCGGAGACUAAAUCAGAAUACCUGCCUAUUGACAUUUAAUUAAGUUGGCCAUUACAAUUAUCUUAUGAUAGCGGUAAUUCUGGCAGUCUUAAGUUUUUAGUUUAGCGAGUGAUAAAAACCUACACUGUAUACACUCCAUCUCUUAAAUCAUUUAGCACCAAGGAUCAGGACACGUUGCAGCUAAUCGUUAAUGUAAUGACUGAUUUUGUUUGAUCGAAUCAAAGUUAAUCCUACCAUCAAACGCAAACGGUUGUGAGAUUAUGGUAACUAGUAGUGUUACUAUGGUAACGGUUGUGAAAUUUGAAUGCUAUUGACAUUGUCCAUAUCAAACUUUUCCGGUUAUUACAGUAGUAAAGUGUUUAUUUUAAUUUGAAGUAUAAUCUUUGUUAAGAUUCUUAUAGUAAUUAUACUUUAAGCGCUGUAUCAGUAUGUUUAGCUAUCUUUUAAAGAGACUAACAAUGUUUAGUUAGACAUCA